AUGAUAUUUAGGCAAAUAAAGAUAAAAAAUAACUACCUUUUUAUAAAUAAAUGUAUUAAUAUUAAAAGGGAAUUGUUCUAUAGUUAUCAUAAACUUAUAAAAGAAAAUAAUGUAAAUUUAUUUUUUAGUAAUAAUUUAAACAGUGAAAAAGAAAAUUAUUUUAAGAGAAAACUAAGAGUUAAUAAAUGCCUAUAUGCAAAUAUUAUCAAUAAAAAUAUUUGGUUAAUUGAAGAUAAGUGUGAUUUAAACUACAACGUAAACUACAAUGUAAACUAUUAUCGUAAUGAAAAAAUAAUAAAUGAGAAUAAGUUUAAUGUUAUAAAAGAAAAAAAUUUCUCCAAAAAAAGCAUAAGUUAUUUUUCCACCUAUUCAAAAGGUUUAAAAGAAAAUAAUAUAUCGCAAAAUAAUAAAAAUAAUGAAAACAUAAAAAAUGAAGAAUCAAAAGAAAAAAAAAUAAAAGAAGAAAAAUAUGACAUAAAAAAAGAAGAAUUACAAUGUAACAGUAAUAGUAAUAAUAAUAGUAGUAGUAAUAAUAAUAAUAGUAAUAAUAAUAGUAGUAGUAAUAAUAAUAAUAGUAAUAAUAGUAGUAGUAGUAAUAAUAGUAAUAAUAAUCAAAAUGAUAAUAAUUUAGAAAGUGGAUAUAAUUCAUUUGACAAUUCAGAAGAUAUAAAUAUGAUAAAUAUGCUAAAAAAAAAAAAGGUGAAAAUAAAUGAUAAAGAAAAUAAAUUAAUGAAAAUUUAUAAUAAAAGUUCAAAUGUAAUAAAUUCUUUAUUUUCAUACUUAAAAAAGGGGGGUGUGGAAAUAAAAAAGAUCAUAUUGAAACCAUCUUUAUUAAUUGUUUAUUAUAAUAAUACGAAAAAAAAUAUAAAACAUACACUGGUUUGGGUUAAAACAGGAAUUCUUUUAUUUUUAACAAAUAUGAAAAUAUCUAAAAAUUUAAUUAUUAAAAGACUAAAAGGACAUAGAUUAUCAUAUUCUGAAUAUAAAUUAUUGAUAAGAACAAUGAAUGAUAUGUUUAAAUUAAUUCCAUUCUCAUUUUUUAUUAUUAUUCCUUUUGCUGAAUUUUUACUACCUGUAUUUUUGAAAAUAUACCCCAAUUUAUUACCGUCUACUUUUAAAAAUGAUGACAAUUUUAAUAAUAUAAAAAAAAAUUUAUAUGCAAAACAACAAUUGGCAAAAUUUUUGCAGCAGUUAAUUGAGGAAAAAGAAAAGCAGUUAAAUGAAAACAUAGACAUAGAUUCAGAUAAAAAAAAAACAAUUUUAAAUAAAUUUCACCAACAAUUAAUUAAUAAAGAUGAAAAAGAUAUAAAUCCAUUUUUAAGUGUAACAGAUACAUUAAAAAUAGCAAAGAUAUUUAAAGAAGAUUUUGUAUUAGAUCAAAUGAAUUUAAAAACAUUACAAACAAUAUGUCAUUUACUUGGUUUAAAACCAUAUGGAAUGCAUUAUCAUGUGGUUUUGCAAUUAAGACAUCAUUUUUUGAGAUUACAGAGAGAAGACAGAGAGUUAAUCUAUGAAGGAGUUGAUAAUUUAAAAAAAAAUACAUUAAUAGAGAUAUGCAAAGAUAGGGGUAUGAAUUUUAAUACAUCAGAGAAAGAAAUGAAACUACAAAUACAACAAUGGUUACAAUUAGCUAGUAUAAAAGAAGUUCCAUAUAUAUUACUUUUGUAUAUUAGAUGUGUAGUUGUUACCCAUGCUAUUAUGGAUAUACAUGACUCUAAUAAAAUAUCUAAUUUACCAAACGAAAAAAAUACAAAAUCAUCAAAUAUAGAUGAUAAACAAAAAUUAAUCCAGGAAGCUAAAGAAAAAUUAGAUGACUUAAAAAUGAAAGAGGAAGAAAUUAAAAAAAAUAUUAACAAAGAAACAAAUGAAGAAAUUACAGAGCAUAAUGAAAAAAAAAUGAAAAUGCAUUUUCUUAAAAAAAACAAAUAUAUGCAAAAUGAACUAAACUUAUUAAAACACAUUUGUGAUUUGCAGCAUAAAGAAUUGAAGAUUGCCUUUACAUCAUUAACUGAUUUAGCUGAAAAAAAGCAAUCAUGUGAUAUUAAUGAAAUAAUAAAAAAUAUGUCUGAAAGACUGUUAGACAUUGAAAAACAUAUAAGUGAGUUAAAUGUUCAUAAACAAAUGGAAAUGGAUGAAUACUUCUAUCCUGAAGAUGAGAAAAGUGAUGAUAUUAUAAAUAUAAAAAGCUAG